AUGUACGACCCGGGUCGGUUCAUCUUCCCGAUGCGCUUCAGCAUGUGGGCCUGGAAGGUGUGCGGCUUUUUUAACGCACCGGUACCAAAGUCCGUCGCGUACCGCGUGUACUGCUACGCGUUCUACUCCUGCAUCAUGGCGGUGUACCUGUUUGUGCUGCUGUUGAACGUGUUCGUACCGCAACCGUUCGAGCAGCGGGUGUUCUUCAUCAUGUACAUCUUUCUGACCGAAACGGCCAUGAUCCUGAAAACGCUGACCAUUUAUCGGCAUUUCAACAUCGUCUGGAGCCUGUACGAAACUACGCUGGGGGUGUCAUUUCAACCGCGUGACGAGCAGGAACGGAAGCUGCAGCAACGAAGGCUGGCCGUAUUCAACCGGUGGUACUAUGCGUACAUCUUCGUGAGUCAUAUGGCUGCAUUCGGUACCGGGAGCCAUUUGCUCAGUGCUGAGUAUCGGAUGCCGUUCUUUCCGUGGUUUUUCGGUGUCCCGUACGGGGAGGAUGCACACGUGGCGUACUACACGAUCUUUGCAUACCAGAGCUUCGGGAUGUACUUUCACAUGCUGCUCAACACGGCCGGCGAUACGCAGCUGUGCUAUAUGAUGCACAUGAUAGGCAUCCAGCUGGAACUGCUGGGAAAACGGUUUCGCGAUUUAAAUAACUCCGAAGAGUUCGAUCGUUCGUUUGUGCCGUUGGUGCAGCAUUACAACAAAAUACAUCGGUGGGUUUGA